AUGCUAAGGAUCGUAUUCUUUGUUCUAGUGUUUUGUUUAACAACGGCUGGUCUCGACUAUAAGGAGCAGCUAUGGGUUCGAAAUUUUCAACACACUACGUACGAGUAUGCGCUAAAAAAUUUUCAACGUCUGAGACAGCGCUACGCUUUGAUACUCUUCGCUAGGGGUCAAACAACGCCCUCGCCAAUCCUAUCGAUGUCAUUUGUCGACAACAGUACAAAACAACUUGACAACUCAAGUUACAUAAACGUCGCAGGAGCAUUCUCACCUCCACGAACGAUCGACGACGAUAUUGGUCUUCCUCUCAAUCAACCUGCAAACGCAGGAAAAGUAUCUUUCAAUCGCUAUCUGGAUCCUUACUUGAUGUAUAAAAGUAGAAACACGGAGAGGGAACAAUAG